AUGUCUGCAUGGGGAAAGCGGCAAGCUCGUGUUGAUACGAAGCCAAGUACAGAACCUAUAACUACUAAUGGUGCUACUAAUAGUACUACUAGUAGUGCUACUAAUAGCACUACUAGUGGUCCAAAGCCGUCAGCUGGACCAAAAAAACCAGCUUGGGGUGCUCCACCACAAGCACCAACAGCCGCAGCAGAAACUAUUGCUGCUACUCCACCAGAACGUUCAUCAAGUGCAUAUCCAACACUGCACGAAGCAAUGGAAAAUCUUUCAUUAAAUUCUGCAGUAGCACAGCCGGUUGUCCGUUCUCGAAGUGCUCAGCCAACAGCUCGACGUUCAUAUUUACAUUCUGCUGUACCUGAAUCGGCUGUUCUAACACCAAUUCGUCGUCCUGAUCAAGGCGGAAAAGCUGGUAAAGUAGUUGAUGUAUAUACAAACCAUUUUCGUAUUCAAGUUGACGAUGCUAUUAUAAAUCAAUAUGAUAUUGAAAUUUUUAUGAUUGGACGUGAUAAAAAACCACGUUUAGCACGAAAAGAUGAACGUUGGGAAACUGUUCAACGUAUAGCUAAACGUGAAAAAAAUUUUCCGAUUAUUUGGUAUGAUGAAGGUAAAACGAUUUAUACAAGAGAAUUAUUAACUGAUUUUACCAAACCAUUACAAAUAACAUUCAAUCUCAAUAAUGAAGAGAAGACAUUCCAGUUUCAAGUUCUUAAUCUCGUACGACAAGAAAAAAUUCGAGAUAUAUUUGAUUUUAUUGAAAAAAAGACUGCAAUACGACCAAGAGAUUCCAUUCGAAUUAUUGAAACACUUUUUAAACAACGAGCAAGAAAUGAUCUUAUUGCGAUAAGAAAUCAAUUCUAUGAUCGCAAACAAAAAUUGGAUGAUCUUGGUGACGGUCGUGGUAUGGCAAAUGGUUUUUAUCAAGCACUUUUUCUUACACAAGGUGGCCCAACAUUAAAUAUCAAUUUAGCAUUUACUUGUUUUUAUAUGCCAUUAAAUUUUGUUGAAUUUGCAACGAAAUAUCUUCGUAAAGAUAUAACAAAAGGUUUAAGUGAAAUUGAAUUGCAAGGUUUUAAACGUAUUGUUCGUAAUAUGCUAAUUGAAACAUUACAUACAGGUCGUGAUAUUCGUUAUCGUAUACGUGGUUUUGGUUUACCAGCUAAUCAAAUCAUGUUUGUACGUGGUGCUAGCGAUGAUGCUGGCGAUGCAUCCUUAGGUGAAAAAAUAAGUGUUGCAGAUUUUUUUGCUGAAAAAUAUCAAAAAUUGAAAUAUCCACACUUGCCAUGUAUUGAUGGUAUGAGUGGUACUCAAAAGCGAGCUAAUUGGUUACCUAUGGAAUUCGUUAAACUUGUUGCAUGGGAACGUUCGUUAAAACCAUUGGAUAGUGUUCAACGAGCAUUAGUAACAAAAAAAUCAGUUAUCAAACCUGAUCAACGCUAUAAUCAAAUCAUGAAUGUUGUUCAAAAUCGUCAAUUUGACAGUGAUCCGUACUUGAAAGAAUUAAAUAUUAAAGUUGAAACAAAGGAAAUGCUUCAGUUAAAAGCACGAAUUUUACCACCACCUGAAGUUAAAUAUCGUGGUCAAGGUAAUUCCGAUGUAACCGAACGUGUUAAUUUUGGUAAAUGGACAAUACGUAAUCGUUUUUAUACAACACGUGAUAUUAGUAAAUGGGGAAUGGUUUAUUUUGGUUCGAAACCAACUGAAAAUGUUAUUCAAACAUUGAAAGAUUUUGAAACACAAUUACCACCUUUAUUACAACGUUAUGGCAUACUUAUUAAAUCUAAACCAAUAACAAUAGCUAAACCUCCAACUAAAGAAGAAAUUGAAAAAACAUUAGUUAAUGCUAGUAAAGAACAUUGGCAAUUAACCGUUGUUGUACUUAAUAAUACCCUUGACAAUGUUUACGAUUAUGUUAAACAAUGUGGUAAUCAACGUUAUGGUUUAGUUACACAAUGUGUUAGUUAUCAAUCAUUGGAAAAAAAUAUUGGAAAACUUGAUAUGUAUGUCCAAAAUUUAAGUCAAAAAAUUAAUGCAAAGAUGGGAUGUAUCAAUGGUAUUGUUAAUCUUAAAGCAGCUUUAAGUCGACCAUCAAACGAAGAUCUCUUCAUGUUUUUUGGAGCUGAUGUAACACAUACAACAUGUUCAGCUGAACGUCCAUCCAUUGCAGCUGUUGUUGGUUCACGUGAUCCAACCAAUUCUCUAUAUGCAGCACGUCUUUGUGAACAAUAUCCAAAAUUGGGCCGUUGUUCAAUGGAAAUUAUCAAGGAUUUGGAUGCAAUGAUUAUUGAUUUACUUCAAGUAUUUGCUCGUUCAUGUGCAAAUCGUUUACCAAAUAAAAUUGUUUUUUAUCGUGAUGGUGUUGAUGAUGGUCAAUAUCAAAAAGUACUUGACAAUGAAGUUGCUAAAAUUAAACAAGCAUUCCGAACUAUUUAUGUUAAUCGAGCACAACCAAAAUUAACGUUUAUUAUUGUAAAAAAACGACACAAUACACGAUUUUUUGUUUAUGAUGGACAAAUGACAAAAAAUGUUGAAGCAGGAACAGUCGUUGAUCAUCAAAUCACACAUCCGUCUCAGUUCGAUUUUUAUUUAUGUUCACAAGCAGCACUUAUGGGAACAUCUCGUCCAGCACUUUAUCAUGUUCUUCAUGAUGAAAUUGGUUUUACAAGUGAUGAAAUUCAACAGUUAACUUAUUGGCUCUGUCAUACUGAUGCUCGCUGUUCAAAAGCAGUAUCAGUUCCUGCACCAAUUCAUUACGCUCAUUUAGCUGCAUAUGCAUCACGUACAUUUGAUUUUGAUGAUAAUCUUGAUCAAGGAUCUGAUAAUGGUGGUUUUGUUGAAAAUAUUGAAAAUGUUUCGAUGGAUGAUAUAAAAACAAAAUUAAUGGUUCUUGAUUCCAAAAUUGCAAAUGACAUGUGGUUUGUUUAA